UUCUUUUCCCACUAUCCUUAACAUAACUUUCACAUUUUUCUUUCGACAUUCAGUCGAUUUACCAACAAGCCUGAAUUUCAAAUGAGUAAACAACGAAGAAAUUCUACCGAUCACCGUCAUCUCUACAAACGCAAUAGUAUCUCAAGAAGCCCCGAUGAGACUAUUAAGCGACGUGUAGCUUUAAAUGAGACUUUGCGUAGGAAACAUAGGGAGCAGUUAAUUACUGCAAAACGUUUCCGCAAUUUGACUCGCCAAGAAGAAUACGAGAGUACAGGUGAAGAAGAGCCUGAAGAUGAAAAGAAUGAAAAUGAUGAGGACAUUAGUCCCUAUUACAGACUCACGAAAGCCCAAGUAGAAGGCCUUUCAAAAGACUUGAAUAGCGAUCAACGCAACGUCCGUGUGUUUGCUGCACAGCAUAUCAGCAAAUUCGUAUUAGAGCCUGCUCAAGCUCUCAUCAAAUUUAUUACAGAAGGCAACUGCAUUGAGGCAUUAACUCGAAUGCUGUCCAGUGCAGACAUAGAAGAAAAAAUCGAAGCCGCGCAAACUAUUUCCAAUAUUGCUGCAGGUCCCUAUGAUCUCUGGAUAAAAUCAACAUCGACUGUGCCUUACCUCAUUUCUCUUCUUAACUCUGAUAAUAUGAAUCUGAGGGAAAUAGCAGCUGGUGCGCUAGGUAAUAUGGCAGCCGAAGACCUAGGGGAUAUGAACGACGAGGAUGACAAGGUUCGCGAAACUAUUCGUAAUAACGGAGCCAUUAAACCGUUGAUUCGUAUGCUUGAUUCCAAUGAUACACGUCUUGUUACUUCUGCCUGCUUUGCAUUAGCCAACCUGGCUCGGGGUGAAGAAGCGCAGUUGAAAGAUUUCUUUACAACGAAAAUUUCGGAUAAAUUACUGAAGAAUCUAGAGAACGAGGAAACUGCCACCGAGGUUUGCUGGGUCAUCAGUUAUUUGACAGCUGGAAGUGAAAGCUUUCGCCGAGAAAUAAUGCAGAAAGAAUUUGCCGCGCCUUUAGUGAAGAGUUUGGCUCUUCUAGCUGAACAAGGACCUGUCGUUUUGCCGGUUCUCCGAACUUUGGGUAAUUUAGUGGCAACGGACGAGUAUCUGGAAACCAUAGCAGAACAUGAUGACUUUUUGCCUAACGUGCUCAAAUUAGUGCGAUCGGAUCAAAGUAGGGCCUUGAAGAAAGAAGCAUUGUGGGUUCUGUCAAAUGUUACUUCAACGUCAAAUAAUCGUAUCAUCGAAAAAUUGCAAGAACUAGAUGCUAUUAAAAGCCUAUCGGAGCUUGUGCUUCGAGGAGCGUUUGAUAUUCGUAAAGGUGCCGCAUACUGUAUCAUGAACAUUGCAAACCAUGGAGCCGAAUAUCUAAGCAAAUUAAAACAUAAAGAACUACUCCCAGCCUUCUUGGAGCUGCUAAAAUCGCAAGAUGCUGAUAUGAUGAGAUUAGCUCUUGGAUAUAUUGAAUUGCUUUUGACUCAAUUGCCAAAUGGAAAGGAAAUCAUUGAAAAUGUACCUGAUUGUAUGGAGGCUUUGGCAGCUGUUGCUCCAGCACCGGAUCCAGAAUUAUAUGAUUUUGCGAACCGACUCGUUGAUCAAUACUAUAAUGAGUCCCCAGAUAUGCAAGAGUAAGAAUAAGAAAACAUGAAGCAGUAGGUAUAGUAUCAGUAGAAUUUCAUGUAGAUCGUAUAUGUAAAAAAAACCUUACCUUAGCUAGCUCAUGAGAUUUUUUUCAAUAAGUCAUCAUUCUUACAUAAGCGAAAUAUUGAAUAAAAAACAUACCAACUUCAAAAUACAACACUCUUAGAAGACUUUCACAUAGG